CGGUGGUUUGUGUGGUUGGUUGUGUGCUGGUGACAAAUUGGUUCUUAAUAGUUCAGUUUCAGAAUGACGACGUACUCAAUACGAUUGGAUGACGUGGAUCUGGCGCUGCUGCCCACGCGCACGCAUAACAACGACUUCUUGAAAAAGGAGCACUUUCAGUUCCAAGUGAUCAAGGAGUGCACAGAAGGUCCAGAACUCACAGACGUAACCUACACAUGCCAUAUAUGCGCUAUCAACGUGCCAGCAGCGUUCGCUCACGAGCAUAACGCGAGCGUAAAGCAUCAAUCGAACGCGCGCAUCGCUCGCGUGGCCACGCUGCGCACCCACGCGCUCAUCUCCGCACUCCCCCCACCCCUCGUCACGCAAACUGGGCGCUUCUGCACAAACUGCGCGACAGUUGUUGAUGAAGACCAUGACAAGACAAAAGAACAUCGAGUCGCUGUGAUGCAUGAUAAUCUGCUCUGUGAGCUGAUGAAAGCAUAUGUCGGUGAUGAUAAUGAUGGACCAAAAGAUCAAUAUGCUGAUAACAAGGUUGAUAAAAUACAAUUUAGUGGUAAGAAAUAUGAAAAAGGUUUUAAAAUUGUUGAAGAUAACAAUAAUAUCAAUGACGCCAUAGUAACUCAAACGAUGAAACUCCGAUCAGAGGAUAUCCCAGAUAAUGUAGUAACAAAAGUCAUGCAACCCAUUGCAAAUUGUACCACCAAUGAUACGGUCUCAGAAACUAAAGAUGAAGAUUUUAGUAAAGAUGAAACUUCUAAUAAUAACAUGAGCACUAACAAAAGUGAAAAAAAGUCACCUGCUAAUUCAGUUUUGCCUGCAUCAAGCCGUUGGGUUAAAACACUUCCUCAAACUACAGAUGUGACAGAAAAUGGAACAGGUCAAAAUGAGCCUGGUACCUCGACAAAAAUCGGAAAAGAAACUAUACCACAGAAAGCAAAAUCAGCAAGGGAACCCUACGAAAAAGAGCUGCGCAAAUUUAUGGACACUAAAAAUCAAUUCCAAAUUAAAGAAUCAUAUUCCAGAAUACAUAUAAAGACAAAUGACGACACUGUGAACGUUUAUAGCGAUCAUUUCCACAGCUUUCACAGAGUGUACAGGAAUGGUGACAUAGAAUGCAUAGUUUGCGAUAGCACUUUCAAUGAAAAAGAUUCAGAAGCACACAAAUACAGUUUGAAUCACAUGAGUGGUGUCGUUAAAAUAGGAACGGAUAGAGAAUACGUGAGAGAGGUAAACAAAGCAUACAGCCACUGCAUACUGUGCAACCAAAAGAUCAAUAACAUAAACGUAAUAAAACACAAGCAAUCACAGCACCACAAUUUACGAAAAACCUACAAUGUUAGAAGCAAUGCCAAACCGAAGGAAGCGGCCACGACCGAAAGAAACAACGAAAAUACAAGCAAAACAACCGCAACUGAAAGAAACGAUAAAAAUAAUGAAACGGUUGAUGUAAGUGAGCCUUAUGAAGAAAUAGAAGGGGAACUGCGGUGUCUGGUUUGCGUAUGCAGAGUACCAAAGGAUGUACGAAAUAGAGAAGACCAUGUAAAGGGAUUUAGACACUUGAAUAACCUGAAAUUGAAGUCUGCUGAAUGAUUAUAGUUAUUUACGAUACAAGUGCGGAAAAGAAGAAUAGACACGAGUUGCGAAUUACCUAUUCGCACGUGUAUCGUACAACGUUUUACAGUACACAUGGCCCUUUAAACUUUCGACAUAUGCACGAAAAGUGCUCUUUACGCAUUAGUGCGAGAAAGUAGCACCAUAUGUACUGUAAAAAUUAUUAAAAAACUGAUAUUGUUAUAAGUUUUAAUUUGUAAAAUAGUUCUU